AUGCGAACCACCGAUCUUCCUUCGUGGCUGUGGCUCCCGCUCCAGGAUAACUGCGAGUGGGAUUCCCCAUUAAACAUGGGGAACUGCUUUGACGAGCAGUACCACAACAUCUUCUUCGCUAUGAUGAAGUUGUUGAUCGACCUCACCAGGUUCACGACGUUCCCGUUUCUUCUCUUCGUCGCGGGGAUGUAUGCAGAGUGUAUGGCCAACUUGCCCAUGGCCUUCCUCUCAAUCAUCACCAUCAUCCCCAUGAUCCUCAUGCGGCUCAUCUGGGCAGAAGAAUACCACAUCCAUGGGGGUAUGGGCAACCCCGUGGUGGCUUAUUCUGUCAAGACCUGGAUCAUUCUGUCCACACCAAACAUUGUUUCGUGGGCUCCCAGUGCCGCAUUUGCGGUGAGUCAGUGGGUGCGAAUCGUUGAUGAAACCAUUAUUUCUCUUCGCAUUCAAACCCACUCCAGCUUCGACUUUGAAAUUCUGUUCCCUGACUUCUCGGCCGGGAGUGUCUUGGAUUCAGAUCUCAGUCAAUCCGGUGCGGAAGCCUGGAUGAAGAAGCUGGUGCAAGAGGAUCAAGACAAGAGACAGUCUCGACGGGAGGAAGAGGAGAGUGCUAGGGCGGAUCAGGAGAAGAUGGGGCAGGCCUCUUUGCUGGUAAAGAAGCUCAACAACGAAACCCAUAACGUCAUCUGGAGAGCUAUCAGCAAGAGGCGACCACAAUCCAUCCUCGGACGUCAGUCAGUUCUAUCUCACCGGCAAGAGACUGAACUGCUGGCUGAAGAGAGGGGCCUGAGCAAGACUGAGAUAUUGGCUCAGCGCUAUGUGGUCGUGCCGGUGGAUCAGAGCGCUCAGUCCGCUGAGAUUGCUCCCGCUGGCUCCUCCCCAUCAACUCCUCCUCCCCCUUACACUCGCAAGACGACACCGAAGAAGCCAUCUUCUUCUACCACCACCGCCGCCGCCAUCCCCGUCCCCUCCCCCUCCCCCUCCCCCAUCACCCCUGCUCGAGAGGAGCAGAGGGCCGACUUCUCUCCUGUUCGAGAGCCUACGCCUAGCGUAGUGACUCCUCGACAGGAGGUAGUUGAGCCCAUCCCAUCCCUGCCCUCUCCCGCAAUCUCUGGCGUCGGUGUCGUCUCCUCUCCCCAAGUCGUCGAUGAACCCAUCUUUCCCCUCGAAGAAGAGCUCCCUCCCAUCGACAGCCUUCCUUCCCCAGAAGCGGCGGGCCUUGAACCCGUCCGGCAUCCAUCACCCCCUGAGCAGGCCGCCGCUUCUGACGCUUUCUUCAUCCCGGAGAUCCCAGCGGAACUCCUCAUCACACCGAUGAAUGAAAGCGGGGUUGGCUCGGAGGAGAGCCUUUAUCAGGGGCUCUUCCAAACCACUCCUCACAUCUCCGAAUCUUCCGCCUGGGACCCGUUCUCCGACCCCCUUCUCGACUUCUUAUCCACCCCCUCUGGCUACGUCCCAGAAAGCGACCUUGAUGCAGGCCUUGAUGCCAUGUGUCGCGACGCAAGCCAAGAGGGGGCUGGCGACCAAAACGGGAACCAUGGCGAGAAAGAAGAGGAACAUCACCAGCCUGGGGACGAGAUGGCAAUCGAUGUUGAAUGCGAGGAUGUUGAGAUGGAAGAGCAAGAUGAAGGUGAGGUACAGGUACUGACUUCGUCGCAGGCUGGGGACGUUAUGAUGGGAGAAGGGGAAGUCGGGUACCCGACAGAGGAGGAAGAGCAGAUCAGCGAGGAGUGGUGGGCGGCCUUGGCAGAUCUGCUCGACCAAGACGACUUUGAGCUCGGCGAUGCGUCCGCGCAAGCGGCCAUCAACCAGUCUGCCCAGCUCUCAGUCCCUCAACUCCCACUGCCCCAGCUCCCAGUCCCCCAGUUCCGUGAGCCACAGCCACAGCAGCCGGCCUCCAUCUUCCAUCUCCCUCUGUUCCAGCCGACACAGACCCCCCCUCCAGACUUUGGCAUGUCGGAACAGGAACAGUGGGAACUCGCGAUGGAGAUGGAUGCCGAGUUCGACAGCGAGAUGGUCGACGCGGUGGACCACUCUGCCCCUCCUCCUCCUCCUUCUGCCCAACAAGUCUUUCCGAUGUCGUUUGCCCGUGUCGAGAUUCCACCACUACCACAGGCCGAAGCGUCUCCUGCCGAUCAGUCUCAGCCUCCUAUCCCCGGGAACGAACAGUUCCAAGGCGAGACUGAGCAGGAGGUCGCGGAAGCACAUCUCCCACUCCCAUUUGAGACACGCGGCAACGCAUCGAAAGACAAGCAGAGAAGGGAUGAGGCCCCUGAUCCGGCCCAGCCGGCCACCCAGGAGCAGAUGGAGAAGAGGAGGGUGCUGAAGCCGCGCGUCAGGGGAGCGAGAAAUGCUGUGCACACUCUGGUCCCGGGGUCGAUAACUGCUCUGACUGCAACACCAAGCUCAAGCUCAAACAACACACAAGAGCAACAGCAGCAGCAGCAGAUUGUCGCCCCGGUGAUGAUGGGAGGACUGAUGCUUCCUGGAGGCAACCGUACCAUCACAACCCUCACAUCAGAGUUGCCAGCAGCACCUCAAACCCCAACCAUCUCUGCUGAGCAGAAGGCCGCCUUCGAAAAGAAGAAGGCGGCCCAGAUCAAAGCUCAACAACAGGCGAGGAAGAACAAGAAGCCGAGCAUCUUCCACCAAAAGCCUGCCGCACCAGGGCGCUCGGCCCCUAACACACCCCGACAAACCUCCUCCUCCUCCUCCACCUCCUCCCCGAUACCACAGAUCAAGGACCCAGGCGACAGGGUGGCUGCCGAAUCUAUUUUCGGUACGCCUGGGUCUGGCAAGAAGAACGGUCUAGUGAUCCUCCCAUCUAUCCCGCACCAUUUACGGGACCAGGUUGCAGGUCAUCGACCUGAGAAUGAAGGCGAAGACUAA